AUGGCUACCAAAAAGACAGCCCCGACGGAUGACGAGCUGCUGGCACAGCUGGACGAUCUCCGCACUAAAGCCGCGGCGCGCCCCCCUAAGCCCUCAACGCGCACCGCACGACAAGGCCAGCCCGCUCAGUCGUCGCAGUCGGAGCAAGACUUGCUCGCCGAGCUGGGCCACCUAGCUCAACGACCGGCCAGCAGACCAAGCACUCCUUCUUUGAAGCCCAACCCGGCCACGACCGUGUCGCGAAGUCGAUCGCCCAACCUCCCGUCCACAGCCAGCCCUCCGCCCGGCCGGACGAGCGAGGAAAAGUCAUCCAGCAAUGGGCAGCGUAAGUCUGGCGACAGCACCCGUUCGUUCCACCAGAGCUUCACGCCAGCAACCACCACCACUGAAGAGUCAGCAGACCCCGAACCGCAGCUCGAGCGGACCCCGGCCAAAAGCGCGGGAUGGUGGGGAGGGAUCCUGUCCACCGCGUCGACGGCCAUAAGCCAGGCCCAAGCGGCCGUCAAAGAGAUCCAGAAGAAUGAGGAGGCACAAAAAUGGGCGGAACAGGUUCGGGGGAACGUGGGAUUGCUCAAGGGCUUUGGCGGCGAACUCAGGUCCAUUGCGAUGCCGACGUUUCAGAAUAUCUUACAGACCAUCGCGCCGCCAAUCUCGUCCCAUGAGCGCCUACAAAUCCACAUCACCCACGACUUGUCCAACUACCCUACUCUCGACCCGCUCAUCUACCAGGUCUUCAGUCGUGUCAUGGCACAGGUCGAAGGCGGAGACCUCAUGGUCGUCCAACGUGGUCACGAGGCUGGGCCGAAGCGCGACUCCAAGGAGUUGUCCCGCCCACUGAAUUCCUGGCACGAUGGGCCUUGGUGGAAAAGCGGCGAGAGGCGUAGUAUCAACACCGUCGGCGGUCUCGUCGAGGGAAGCAAGCUGGUAAGAGCUUCAGCGGAAGGCUACGCCGACGAGUAUUUUUCGAGCAGAGGUGGAGUGGAAGAGGCAGCCAAACGUGCAACAGAGACCCUCUCCGACUCAAAUCCUACCAGAGACAGCGAUAUCUUCCUCGCCAUCCAAGCAAUCUCGCAACCGGCUUCUAAGGAGCUAUUUGCAGCCGCCGCCAGCUCUGAAAAAGAAGGACAAGUGAAGGAAGUGGCGGAAAUCGACAAGGAAGAGAUUGUAUUCGCAGUCUAUCUACAUGACCCCAUCCAUGGAAUCGCAUUCCAUGCCAUCUCCCAGGCUAUUCCCGGGCAAUGGAUUGAAUGGCUCGAUGCGCCCAGUGGUGGUGAAGGCACGUUGCCCGAAAGCAUCGAGGAAAUCAUUGCGAGUGGUGGUAUUGAUCCCAGAGAGUGGGUUAGCGAAUGGGUAGAGGAAAGCUUGAGUUUAGUGGUAGGCGUGGUGGCGCAAAGAUACGUGGCAAGGAGAAUGGGUGUUGGUGAAGGUGGUGCGAAGAAGGGCAAAUUGAGAGCCGACUUGAACCAGGAGGCCAUGAUGGAAAGCGGUGGUGGCGAGGCCGCUAGGGCGUUAUGA